AAUCUCUAACACAGCCUCAGGAGCCGGGCUUCUAGAAACCUAUGGCAUGUUUUCACCUAGAGGCAGUAUUAGGACUUCAACUUGACAAUCUAUCUACGCACAUAUGCCUUCAGGCUAAGACUUAUUCCUGGCUUCGCUCUUCUCUGGUUGCUAAAGGAAGAUGUCAUCGGAACUGUCAACAGCGUUUUCUAAUGGGGAUAUUCCUGGGUGAGUGAACUAUCUGAUCGGGCCACCCCCACUCGUUGCGUCAAUUCUUACAGCCGUAGUGCAAAUGACAUAGUGAUUGCUGUGAUGGGCAUGACGGGCUCGGGGAAAAGUUCCCUGGUCGCUCUUUGCACUGAUGAACAGGUGGGAAUUGGUCACGAUCUGCAUGCUUGCACACAAGACGUACGAACCUAUUCCUUUCGUCACCCAAAACUAAGGUCCGGUCGGAUUCACCUCGUUGAUACCCCAGGCUUCGACGAUACAAACAGAAGUGAUACUGAGAUCCUCCGAAUUCUAGCUGCAUGGCUAACGAGAACUUACUCCAACGGUGUCCAACUGUCCGGGAUUCUAUACUUGCACAGAAUUAACCAACCACGAAUGCAAGGCUCCGCAUUGAAGAAUAUCUCGCUAUUUAGAUCUCUUUGCGGCAAUGAUGCUUUGAAGAAAGUUGUCCUGGUCACGACAAUGUGGGACAUAACAGAAAAAGAUAUUGCGGAAAGUCGAGAGAAGCAGCUCAAAGAUACGACGAAAUAUUGGGGUGGGAUGGUCGCUAAAGGAAGCCAAGUCAUCCGUCACGAUAAUACACAAAAUUCAGCGCUCGCACUGUUCAACGCCUUCAUGAAAGAGGAUGAAAAAAUCACUUUGCAGAUUCAGAGUGAGAUGGUGGAUGGCCAUCAGCCGCUACAAGGAACGGAUGCAGGCAAUGAUAUAAAAGAGAUGCUAGCCGAACAGCAUGAGAAGUUCAAGAGAGAACGUCAAGAUCUCGAGAUUGAGUUCAGAGAAGCUCUCAGGAAAAAGGACGAAGAACUCGCCGACGCAUUGGAAGAGCUAAAGUGCGAGAAUCAGAAAGCUUUACAACAGGUACUUGACAGCCAACAACGGCUACAAGUAACAGUACAACAACUACAGGAAUCAGAAGCUUCAAAGUUAAAAGGGCGAUCGAAGAAUACACAGCACCCCUAUUUUCCGGAUGAUCGGCUUCUUUCGUCUAUCAGUAGUGCAGCCGCGCCGUCUCCGACACAACCGCUUAAAGCCUGGGUGAAAAUACUGUACAGCAAAGACAUUCAAACACAAUCUGAUGAUUCUUUGCACUUAUAUUAUUUUGAUAUAUCCCCAGAUGAAACAUGUAUGGGAAUCAUGUGUACAGAUGAUGAUAUUUCUAUGAAAUUUGGAGCGCUUAUCUCGAUAGCAACAGGUAUAGAAAUUCUGCGGUAUUCUUUCAAGGGGGGACACCGCGGGCUGAGACCACUAUAUUCUUUGGAGGGGGGUCACCGCAGUCUGGGACCAAUAACCUUCUCAUCUGACGGGCAGACGAUGGCUAUGCGAACCAAUAGAGGGUUUCACAAAUGGCACAGACUCUCCUCGUACCUAGAAGAAUGGCGAGAAGCUACUGAGUUUUUGGGCUACAAUGAAGAGGCGCGUGUCUCUUUCUCUACUAACCUCGAGCUAAUUGCUCAGCAGAGGCGUGAUUCAAUCCGCCUGGUCUUGGGAUCUUCAAUGUCUGUUCUGAUGGAGAGAGUUGUGCACUUUGACUUUGAGACCCAUCAUGGACCCAUUUUUGGGAAGAAAGAUGAAACACUGAUAUCCUGGUCUCAUGAACGUCUUCUGUUUUGGGACAUACAAAGAAGUGGACAAAGUUGGAAAGUAGUAGAUUAUCCUGACCACUACUUGCCGGGGUUAUGGUGUUGCACCGCAUCAGGCAACUCUCUAUGGCUGGCGGCUACAAAUAUACCAGAGGAGGGCAAGGUGGAAACAUCAAUCUUUCGACUGUCGGGCCAGUGUCCAGAAUUCGUCACUAAAAUCGACACUAGCUUGAGAGGUGGUUCUGCAAAUAACCUCUCCAUGUCAUUUGACGGGGCCUACAUCUUAUUUACAAACUCACGGGAGGCUACUAUCUUUAAUGUCAUGACCGGCAAGCCAGUGUGGAGUGUAGAGAUCGGUCAGGACACAGAGAUGAAAUUUUUUCCGUCGAGCAAUCGCCUCCUGAGCUACUCGGCUGAAGGGGAGUCGUAUAGCGUUAGCGAACUGGUCUUUGAAUAAGCAGGGUCAAAUCCAUAAUCGUUAUGUAUUAAUGUAUAAGAUCCAGGUGACAAUUUUCCUAAUACCCGGCCGACU